AUGGCAAAUAACAAUAACAAUAAUCAAAAUAAUAAUAGUAAUAAUAAUAAUAAUGGAAAUAAUAAUCCAGCAACUGAUAUAUUUUCACCAAAAUUCAGAGAGCACUCAGAGGUGGUAUGGUUGCGUAUGGGUAUGGUGGCAGAGUUGAUGGGCGACCAAGAACGAGCAUUACACGCCUACGACAAUGCACUAAAGCACAGCCCAUACUCGAUAAAGGCACUUACACAAACCGCAUACAUCUACCGUGUCAAGGAGCAAUUCCCAAAGGCAUCUGAAUAUUUUCAACGUAUCGUAAACAUUGAUCAAAAGAAUGGAGAGGUUUGGGGAGCCCUUGGUCACUGUUUUUUGAUGAUGGAGGAACUUCAAAAGGCCUACAAUGCCUACCAACAUGCACUCUAUCACCUUCCCAAUCCAAAGGAUUCCAAUCUAUGGUAUGGCAUUGGCAUACUAUACGAUCGUUAUGGAUCCUAUGAUCACGCCGAAGAAGCUUUCACAGCCGUUCUAAAGAUGGAUAGUAAAUUUGAAAAGAGUAAUGAAAUAUAUUUUAGACUUGGUGUUUUAUAUAAACAUCAAGGAAAAUAUGAUCAAAGUUUAGAGUAUUUCAAUAAUUUAAUCAAGAUGCCACCAAAACCAUUAACAACAGCAGAUAUAUGGUUCCAAAUUGGACAUGUAUAUGAAUUACAAAAGGAAUAUAUGAACGCAAGAGAGGCUAUGGCCCGUCGCAACCCAAGCGCAUUGGGCAACAUCAUUGGCAGCAACAACAACAGCAUCGCCAGCAUCAGCAACAACAGCAACAACAACCAACCAUCAUCGCACAAUGGUCCAAGCCUUCCAGAGUUGGCCGACCUCGUCCACGCUGAAACUGCCGAAAAGAAUAAUGCCAAGGUCGACAAUCCCGUCCUUCCUUCUAGCAACGAAUUAAAUAUCUCUCUCAAUGACAAAAAGACCGAAAAGAACAAGGGCAAGGAACUUAGCAGUGCAUCAAGCCCUGAAACUCGUCACAAUGAAGAUGUUGAAGAAAUCAUUCCAAGUCAUCAUCAAAAUAAUAAUAAUAAUAACAACAAUAAUAGAAAAUCAGUUACAAAAGAAGAAAACAAUAGAAGUAGCAUAGAAAGAGAAACCAAUGCAUCACUAGAAAGAGAAAGAGCUGUAGCUGCUAUUUUGGUCGAAAAGGAAAAAGAAAGAGAAAGAGAAAGAGAAAUAAUCGAUAAAUCACCAAAACCAUCAGAAAAACAAGUUGUUGUACAAGAAAAAGAAAAUAAUACUCCUAUUGUUCAAGAAAAGGAAAAGGAAAAAGAAAAGGAAAAGGAAAAGGAAAAGGAGAAGGAACCUGAAAAGGAAAAAGAAAAGGAAAAGGAACCAGAAAAAGAAGUUGAACAAGCUAGUACUUCUUCUUCUGAAGAAUCACCAUCAUCUAUUGUUUCACCAUCAAAACAGUCUGUUGAAAAAGAAGUAGAAAAGGAACAAGUACAAGAAAAAGAAAAAGAAAAGGAAAAGGAAAAAGAAAAAGAGCAAUCAUCUUCCUCAUCGUCAUCUUCUUCAACAACUACUGCCACUUCAACUACAACUUCACCAUCUGAAGAUAAGAUGCAAGUUGAAAAAGAAGAGACUGCUGCUGCUGUUGUUGCUGAUGAAAAGAAGGAACAACAACAACAAGAAAAUAAGGAACCAACAAAAAAUGGCAACUCUCCUCCAUCUUCACCUCGACCUGACCAAAUCGAACCUGGUCAAGAUGCCGUUCAAGAAGAAGUAAACAAGAGAAAGUUUGAAGAGGAUAGUGAUUCUGGAUCCAUUAAGCGUGUCAAAUCAGAUACCGCUACAGAAGACGAAUCAAGUACCACCUCUUCGUCUACAUCAUCUACCUCCAAACAAGAAGGCAGCAACGGAAAUUCAAGCAGCAGUUCACAACACAAAGAGAAUGAAUCAUUGUCCCCAGAGGUUGACAAGAGCGAAAGAGAACGUGAUCGUGAGACUGAAAAGUCACUGCUCAGCAUGCGUGAGAACAACAGAGAAAAGGAAAGAGAAAGAGGCGAAAGAGACAAAAAGAACCAACUCAAAGUAUUUAAACCCUCUCAAAAUAAUAGAAAUCGAUUAAAUAGAAACAACACUAAUAAUCAUCAUCAUCAUCAUAACAAUAACAAAUCAAAAACCACCACAAUCAAUAAUUGA